UGACCAACCCACCUACCCGAACGCUCAAAGUUCAUCUCUGCGUACUGCGUAGUCUCUAGGCUGCUUUGUUUUAGUAGGACGGUGUGGAAUUCAAUCAAGUAGGGCCGCUUCUGCCGUCGGAUCUAAGAUCAAUCAGAUAUAAAAUCAGUUGUUCAUAGUUGCAUUCCUCACCGGUGCAGAAAGCAGAAAAUGUCAGGUGCAAAUAAUGAGGAUAUAAAGGAGCAGGAGCUUACUGAUAAUACUCUAAAUAAUCAAGUUGAUGGUGACAGUUCCGUGGAUGACCUUAACAAAGCUUUGGAUAGAAAUGAUGAAAAUCCCAUGCCUUCACCCCAGCAGGAGGAGGAGAUAGUCAAGAAAAAGUAUGGAGGACUAUUACCCAGGAAGCAUCCAUUGAUAUCCAAGGACCAUGAACGUGCUUUUUUUGAUUCUGCUGAUUGGGCAUUGGGAAAGCAAGGAGCACAAAAACCUAAAGGACCCCUUGAAGCACUCCGCCCAAAGUUGCAGCCGACGCCACACCAGCAAGUUCGUUCAAGGCGCUCAGCUUAUGCUCCUGCAGAUGAAGGUGGUGAAGUUGAUGGCAGCAACAAUCACUCCAUUUCAUCUGAGGACCAAAGCUGUAUGUUAGAUGCUGGGGAACAUAAUGAUACCACUUCUGAUGGUGACAACAAUGACAAAACUGGUUCCAAUGAUCAAAAGUGCCACGAGUAGUUGUCUGUGCAGAACGGCAAAUGGUAACUUGAAGUUGGAAGCUGCUUAGACCUUCUUAAGGUCCUUUACUGAAUAAGCAAAACAUAGCAAAAUUUUGCAUCAAUUUUAAUAGCCAUAUAACAUUUGAGUGCUUAUACCAUUCUCAUCAUCUGCUUGAAUUCUCCUCUACUGCUUGUAGUUGACAAGAAGCUAUCACAUGCAUCAGAUAAAUGCAUUCUUUC